GAAUCUCGUCAUUGAGGCGAAGAAGAAGGAGAAGAAGAAAAGAGGAGAAAAACUUGUGGGGAAAAUUCCGGUGCCAGGCUGAAACUCUGUGCGGUCCAAGGACAAGUUGUGUCGGGUCACCAUGGCGUCUCUGAUCCACUCUGCGCGUCUCCUCUUCGUGCCUGUUGCUCUGCUUCUGAUGCUGAGCCCGCGCCCCGUGGCUACAGCGUCAGCCCGAAGGUGUCACUUCAUCUACAAGGGUUUCGCUCAGUGUCUGAUGGCUCUGGGCGACAGUCUGACAGACAACGCACGCAAAGACGAGGACAUGCACGAGAUACACUCCAUCUGCAGGUCGUGGGACGACUUCCAUGACUGUGCCAACGUGGCGAUGGCCGGCUGUCCGGAGGAAGCAGCAGCCGUGUGGGAGUCUCUGCGACAGGAAUCCAAGAAGAUGCAGUUCUCUGGGAACCUCUACGACAUGUGCUCCAACCGGAACAGCCACCCAGUCUCCUCGGUCUCCUCGCGCGGCUCGUCCAACCAGGGCGAGAUCAACCAGGAGUCUCUACGAGGCCACGCCGCUCGCCUGACAGGCCGCCUCCACUUUCUCAUGCUACUCUCGCCUCUGCUGCUGCUGCUGUUGUUUUGGAUAUAACCAACGUUAAAGAAGUGGGACUCAUGUGAAUAGAUGUAAACUUUGUGUAUUUUUUUUCCCGUUCCACACGUCCAUGGACUCUCCACUGUGUUUUCCUCUGCCCUGCCAGAGGCUGAAUACGUCUAACUGCAUGUUCAGAGGCCAGAAAGCCCUUUUGAUAAUGUAUCUGUCAACUGCCUGUGCUGUUUCAUGCAUAUUCUCUGCCUUUAAAUUAGUCUUUCUGUCUCACACACAGAGCUACACAACCACUGUACAAACAGGCCUGCAAACACAUGCAUAGUUAAACAGAUGCAACCAGCAGCCUCAUGUCAUCUGUCCUUAUCUCCUAUGCCCUUAAAUCUACUUAGUGCGAGCUUGUAGAUGCUGGUUCCCGCAGGAGUCAACAUUUGUCCUCUUUUAAUGAGCCGGAAAACUGGGGGAGAUGAAGAUGCCACGGGUCGUUCCUGCUUAAUAUUUGUUUAUCG